AUAUAUAUAAGUGGAGCCAUCUUCGUCUUCCUUGCCAAUCAAUCAAGGGGAGCAAAUGCAAAUGUACAUGGCCAGCAGCAGCUCCGGCCACCGCUCUCCACGGCGCUCCGCCGCAACGGCGGCGCUGGUGCUCGCGACUGCCGGCCUCCUCCUCCUGCUGCCACCACUGGCACGCGGGUCGACGUCCACCGAGCAGCAGCAGCUGCUGCAGCAGCAGGAGGAGGACCGCAUCCUGGGACUGCCGGGGCAGCCCAACGGCGUGGCGUUCGACAUGUACGGCGGCUACGUCACCGUCGACGAGCAGGCCGGCCGCGCGCUCUACUACUGGUUCCAGGAGACGGCCGACCCAGGCACGGCGCCGCUCCUCCUGUGGCUAAACGGCGGGCCCGGGUGCUCCUCCAUCGGCGGCGGCGCGCUGGAGGAGCUCGGCGCGUUCCGCGUCCACACCGACGGUCAGACGCUCCUACUCAACGAGUUCGCGUGGAACAAAGCGGCGAACGUGCUCUUCUUAGAGUCGCCGGCCGGCGUGGGGUUCUCUGACACCAACACCAGCUCCGACCUCCUCGUCGGCGACGACAGAACGGCUCAAGACGCGUACACUUUCCUGGUGAAAUGGUUCGAGAGAUUCCCGCAGUACAAGUACCGCGAUUUCUACAUUGCGGGAGAGAGCUACGGAGGUCACUAUGUUCCUCAGCUGUCCCAGCUUGUGUACAGGAACAACAUCGGCGUCGAGAAUCCUUAUAUCAACUUCAAAGGAUUCAUGGUCGGAAACGGCGUGACCGAUGACUUUAUCGACACGAUCGGCAUGUUUGAGUACUGGUGGCACCACGGCCUCAUCUCUGACGAGACCCUGGAGAGCGGUCUGAAGGUUUGCCUGGACGGCAGCACCUUGACCAAGCCCUCGCCGGAGUGCCAGAAGAUCAUGGACAAGGCCACCGAGGAGCAAGGCAACAUCGACGUCUACAGCAUCUACACGCCGCCGUGUGAGAAGGGGACCCCAUACGCGCGCAGGCGCCGCCGCACACUGAUGCUGCCUCCAUACGACCCGUGCACCGCCUUCUACUCGACCAACUACCUGAACAUCCCCGAGGUCCAGAGGGCCAUGCAUGCCAACGUCACCGGCAACAAGGGCCCAUGGAUUAUGUGCAACAUGGCCAUAUAUGAUAACUGGACGACAGACACACCCAUUUCCAUGCUGCCCAUCUACAAGGAGCUCAUUGCAGCUGGCCUCAAGGUCUGGGUCUUCAGUGGCGACACGGACACUGCAGUACCGCUGAGCUCGACCAGGCGCUCCCUUGCUGCCCUGGGCCUUCCUGUUAAGACCAGCUGGUACCCCUGGUACAUUGUCAAAACUGAGGUUGCUGGCUGGAGCAUGGAGUAUGAAGGCCUGACCUUUGUCACCGUCCGCGGCGCCGGGCACGAGGUUCCCCUGCACCGUCCGGAGCAGGCGCUCAUCCUGUUCCAGCACUUCCUGCAGGGCGAACCCAUGCCGGCCGAGGCGAAAAAUGCCAGCGUCAUCCUCCUUCCUAGUGAGAAGGCUACCUCUUACUGAGCAUGCAAGCACCUGUCGGCUGUCGUUGUGCUUGAUGACGAAGACUCCACUACGAAUAAAAGAUGCUGUUGAUCUGCAUCUUGAGAAUAAAAGCUGGAGUAUCUUGUUUCCUUAUAAUGAAUAAUGUAUGAACCGUUGGCUUCGCGAUGGAUCUAUUAUAUUGUUUUUCUUCGGAAAAGCAUAUAUGAAUAAUGCAUGCCGAGUUCAGCCACAUGAAAAUUUGAAGAAUUUUCAGUCGUAUUUCAA